UCUUCACGAACUGCCGAAAAGGGGGCGGCGGUGUGGAAAAUGGGAAGGAAAACAGACUGUGUGAUAAAAAACACACAAAACGGGCACAUGACAACGUAUUGUAUCUUUAUCUUCGGCCAAAAGGGGGUUUGGUCUUCGAUCGGUGAGCUGAUAACAAUCAGGUACCUCAUGUAUGUAUCGGCAGUACUUCCUCCGCUUAUCUAACCGCCUCUCCUCGUGUAUUUUCCCUAUGCUUGCGUAUUUAUAGCCGGAAUUUGUUUACAACGAUCCCAAAGUCCGAUCGUCAGCCGGCUGACUCUUUGAAAGAAAUGCCGCCCACACAGCCGAAAAAGAGAAAUAGGAGACAUGCAAAUGAUGACAUUGGCGGCUACUAUCACAGUGCCUCGGGCACUCCGGACAACACGGUGCGAGGUCGCUACGGUUCGCGGAGUCCGGCCAGCGGACAGAUCGAGGAGACCGUCUACACCGCCGGACCACGUGGAUUCCGAGCGAACGGUCCGAAGAUCCAUCGCAAAAUGGACCUGGCCCAGUAUCCGGUUCUGCCGCGGGGAAGUCCCGACGAUCCGCUCGCCGAUCCCUUCGACGAUCCCUCCUACAGCUUCAGCUUCCGCACUCCGGAUCAGUCGCGCAGCGAGGAGAACGAUUCGGGUAACAGGAUAAGGGGACUCUACUCCUACCUGGACGACGUGGGCGAGCGGCACAGUGUGCGCUAUGCAGCUGGCGCCGGAACCGGAUUCGAGAUCUCCAACGCAGUGCCGGACAAUCCCUCCUCGGUGGCCUACUCCAGUCCUCUCUACAAGUCGCAUCCCAAGACGCGUGGCAAGAUGACCGUUCAGAGAGGACCAGCGGGAAGCUACAAGCUGAUUGCCUCCGGUCCGGAUCAUCGAAGAGCAGAGAGUCGUGCUCCCGAUGGCCUGGUUCGCGGCACCUACUCCUUCCUGGACGACAAGGGCGUGCAGCGAACAGUGGAGUACAUUGCGGGAGCGGGAAUCGGCUACCGGGUGGUGCACAACCGCAUUGGUCCUGGCACCCACAUCAAUCCCUCCGUGGCUGACUUCCGCCUGGCGGAUACGGACUUCCGACUGGCCAAUGAUUUUGGAAGGGGUGCGGGAGGUGGAUUGGGUCCCAAGGGAGGAGGAGGUGGCCCUUCCGGUUCAGGAGGAGCUUCGGGAUCAGGUGGAUCAGGUGCUGGAGGAGCUGGCAGGGGAGGUGGUGCUGGCAGAGGUCGCCCUUCUGGUAGACCAGGUGGCAAGGAAUACCUGAAGCCAGCCGAUGGGGCAAGGGACAGGAAUCAAGGUGAGGAUGAAGCUGGAACAGCGGAUGAUGAUCUCGGAUCGAGUGAUGACAAUCAGGGGGAUGACAUUGGUUUGAGCAGCAGUUCCUCGGGAUCAACAAAUUUUAAGGGUAAAGAAGAUCGAAGGGGUUUCCCAGCGGGAAGUUCCCAAAGGGGAAGCACAAGAUACGACGGUAGCAACUCUCAAAGAGGAGGAGGAGCAGGAGGAGGCGGAGGAGGAGGAGGAGGAGGCGGAGGAGGUGGUGGUGGUUCCUCUGGUAUUAAUUCAAGUGGAUCCCGAAACAGAAACCGAUUUGGUUCUAAUAGCGGGGGAAGUGCCUCCUCUGAAAGGGGAACCAAUAAUGGAGGAGGAACUCGUCGAGGAGGUGCAUCCUCCGGCGAAGGAGACUCCGGGUUGGGUUACCUCCCUCCCACCGGAGGAGGAGGAUCGGGCACCAGUGCCAUCAGCGGACCCGGGGACAACUACCACCUCAACGACGAGGACGUCGGGAGCUCCCUGCCGCCGCUGGUCACCGCCAACCACCGCAUCCUGGAGAUCGACCGGGAUCGGGAGUGGGUGCAGCGCCACCGCGACUCCACCGUGAUCAAGAACGUGGGCAAGUGGUAUGUGGGUCUCCCACCUGGCCAGAGUGUUCGUGCCCACGUCCAGAACAUCGACAUCAUUCCCCUGGGCGGAAGGGUGGGUCUCUCCCCAUCGGAAGCUCUUCGGCAGGACGAGAUCGCCGAGCUGAAUGCCUCCAGGGAGCACUAACCGGAUGACUUCCUCACCCCUUCCAUUCCAUCGGAUAUGUAGUUCGUAAUGUUUUAGGGUUAAAUAAUCAGUGUUAAGUAACCGAAACUGGGUUGACUCCUCCACAUGGAAACUGUAACAGUAUUUGAAGCGGAAUACAUUUUAUGUCUGCAUCUGUAUCUUUAA